GUUGCGACGUUAGAGUUUGGGAAUUAUGAGCCGCACUUGAAGGCAGCAGGAGGAGCAGUGAGGGGUUCAGGGUCCAGUCCGGGUCCAGGUGUUCUUGAACACUUUUAUACUGUUAUUUCUCGAUGGAUCCCCAGCCUCCACAGAAGCCGUGGGAGAGGCGGAUUCCUGGAGCGAUGAGUGCACCUGUGAACUACAGGUAAACCAGCUAAAGUCGCGUUAGCCAGCAGUUAGCGUGUUCAUAAUAAACUCAUGUUGUGUCUAUGUAGAAGUUGUCGCUAGCGAGCUAAAGCUAAGGCUACACAAGCGAGACAGGAAAUCGUCAAAACCAUUUUGAAAUUUAGCAGAAAUUCCUGAGGCGUCUUAACCAGAUGAUUAAUCUUUUUAUUACGUUCUUCAGAGUAUUUUACCAUCGUUCCUUAUGUAAACACAACAGUUGUAUGUCGGUAAAGAAGCUAACUAGCUGUAGCAGCUAAACGGGCUCAUCGAGGCCUGGCAGGUGUUUACACCUGGAGAGUUUCUCAUCCGGUAGAGGCUGACUAAAAUAACUAUUUGUUUUAGUUUUUUUUAUGGACGACAUUAAACAUAUUAAGAAAAUUUUGAGGUGUUUCUAAUAUAUAUAUAUAUAUAUAUUAUAAGAUGACGUUUCUGAAAGAUGUCAUGUUGUGUUAUAGAAUGUCCCUUCCGGGAUCAAUAAAGUUCUUCUUGUCUUAUUCUAAGUUUAGUGACCUCUCUGUUUUGAUCUCCUUUAUUAUAAUAAGACAUAGAUAUAUGGCUAUUAUGGAUAUUUGGUGUCACUCCACAGGUCUGCAAACUUCACCCCCUCCGUGGGCCCCUCAGUCUCUGCUGGCCCUCCUGUUUUGACAAGGAUGGCCCCUCCAGUGCCCCCACGUCCAGUUCAGCAGACAUACCGUCCCUCCUACGGCUCCUAUGGCUCUUUCUCCUCCUCCUACAGCCCCUAUGGGAGCUCGAUUUAUGGAGGUUACAGCCCCUACAGCUAUGGUGGUGGUGGCCUUGGUCUGGGGGGGUACAGUCGUCUUCCCCACACGGAGGAAGUGGCCCCCAGUCGGUUUGUGCAGCAGGCAGAGGAGAGCAGCCGGGGGGCUUUCCAGUCCAUCGAGAGCAUCGUUCAGGCUUUUGCCUCUGUCAGCAUGAUGCUGGAUGCAACCUUCUCAGCCGUCUACAACAGUUUCAGAGCCGUGCUUGAUGUCGCCAACCACCUCACCCGUCUGCGUGCUCACCUCACACGUGUUCUGUCAGCUUUUGCUCUGGUACGUACGCUGCGCUACCUGUAUCGUCGUCUGCAGAGGCUGCUGGGGCGGCGCUCUGAUGCAGAGGUGGAGGACCUCUGGGCGGAUAGUGCAAGCGACGCUCUGACUGCAGCCAGAGGGGCAGAGGAUCAGACCCCCAAGUCAUGGCCAAUCUUUCUGUUCUUUGCUGUGGUGAUGGGGGGACCAUACCUCAUCUGGAAGCUGCUGAGCUCAAGCCCUGGCCCUGAGGAAAAUGGUGAGAGUUUAACACAUCAAUCUGCUGAGGAGACAGGGAUUUAGGCUGUGGAUAGUUCACAGAAAACUAUUGGGGUCAAUCAGUUGCUGACCCCAGACCUGAUGUUUUGCAAUCAUGGUCCAUACUGUGACUGCUUGUUGCGCUUGGAUCAGUAAGUCUCAUCUUCUGGGGAAGAUAAAGCAAGGUUUGCGGUUAUUGGGUGAAUAAUAAUAAAAAUGAUAAUUAUUAUUAUUAUUUGAUUGCUCUUGGGGGCCCCCUACUGGCUGCGGGGCCCUAAGCAGGCACUAAGUUUGCUUAUGCCUUGGGUUGGCUCUGUGCCUGAAAGUCCUAGAAUAUUUAUUGUCUCUCUGAUGAAGUUUCUCCACAAAGUAGUUAUAAGAUAAACUGACCGAUACAAUCAGAUAAAUAACUCAGUUUUAAUAUAUGUUUCCUUUGACUAACACCACCUUUGUGCUGUUUUAUUGUAGACUCAAACUGGGCGAGUGGAGAGGAUGACCACGUUGUCGCCAGAGCAGAGUACGAUUUCUCUGCUUCAUCCGAAGAAGAGAUUUCUCUGAGAGCAGGAGACAUGCUCAACCUUGCACCUAAAGGUAAGAACUCUUUUGCUGUAAGAACUCUUUUGCUGCACAUCAUUUUCUAUUAUUUUUUGUGGUGUGCCCAUAUUUUCAUUAUUCUGAAAUUAGCUCAAAACUUGUAUCUGUGUGAGUCGUCAUACAAAUACUUAAUAAAUGUUUGUGUUUCAGUGAAAAUAUUGUUUGUUAUAGGGUUAUUACUUUUGAUAAAUCACUGAUUCAAAAGAGAGCCCCCUCUGAUCUGCCCUCUCUGUGUGUAGAACAACAGCCCCGCGUGCGUGGCUGGCUGCUUGCUAGCGUAGACGGGCAAACCUCAGGACUCGUCCCUGCAAACUACGUCAAAAUCCUUGGGAAGAGGAGAGGACGGAGGCAUGCAGAGACAGAAAGACUCACCCAGCUGCAGCAGGAGAACACUCACACCGUCCCACAAUCACAUCUUGCCUCUGGAUUCACCCCAGUACCCGCUCCAAACUCCCUCUCAGAGGACCUGCUGGAGUCUGUGUUCACAGAAAGGCCAGCAGCGUCCAACUCCAGCCAACCCCCUCACACAGAAACACACACCCCUGAGAAGAUUGACCUGUGAUGUGUGUGCAUGUUGGUGUGUAUGUGUGUAGGUGUGUGUCCAAUAAACCGUCAGUGUGCCUCUGCAGAGCUGAGCAGUGGAAACUCACUGAAGAUGGGUAAAGAUUUACUCGCAGAAGAUGAAAUAAUGAUCAAAUGGUCAAAUUAAGAUCAACUAUUUAAACACACACAGACAUUUUCUCCUUCUCUCUGUAUGACUGUAUUGUUUAAAGGUUCUCAUCCAUUUUCUAUACAUGUCUCUAGCAGUAAAUUCUGUGUAAUAUGUAAACAAAAUACAAAGCUGUCUCCAGAUUAUGUCUAAAAUAAUAUGUAGACAGAUUAUUUAAUUGUAUGAUGAGGUUCAGUGUGUGAGUCAUAGUGUUCAAGGAUACACACACUGCCGUUGUAGGGUUUUUUGUGUGUGUGUGUGAUAAUGUAAAGAUGUAACCCUGUACUCACACAGUUGGAAGUUUUCAGGCUAAAUUUGCACAGUUUUUGCCAUUAGUCACAGAGGGGAAAAAAAUGUAAAUAUUUAAUAUAAUUAUUUUGAAAAUAAAUUACUAUAAAAAUCA